AUGAAGAAGUUUAAGCAGAAAGUCGAACACGAAUUCGACCAGCUGGAGGAGAGUUUCCGAGACACCCAUAUCCACGACGCCAAAGCGUCGGCGACGCAUCUGAAGCACAAGGUGGGCAAGCUUUUUAACAUCGUCAACCCGAAUCACCGUCAUGAUGAGGAACAUGAGCAAGCGACAGACCGGAAGCGCUCGGCCAUUUCCGAAUCGCAUCGCUUCCAGUCCUUUGCACCCAUCCAUGACGGCAAUCGCGUCAAAUGGUAUGUUGAUGCCAUGGAUUACAUGUGGGCAGUCUCGGAGGCCCUAGAAAGGGCCACAGAGACCAUCUAUAUCGCCGAUUGGUGGCUUUCUCCCGAGUUGUUCCUGCGCCGCCCUCCAGCCAACCACCGGGAAUGGCGGUUGGACCAUAUUUUGAAGCGUCGCGCGGAGGCGGGUGUGAAGAUUUACGUGAUUGUCUACAAGGAGGUCAACCAAGCGUUGACCUGUAAUUCGGCACACACCAAGCAUGCAUUGCAAAGUCUUUGCCCUGAAGGCACACCGGGCCAUGGCAACAUUCGAGUGCUACGCCAUCCAGACCAUAAUGUCUUUGAGAAUGCUGCCGACAUGACUCUCUACUGGGCACACCACGAAAAAUUCAUUGUGAUUGACUACGCAGUGGCCUUUAUCGGCGGCAUUGACCUCUGCUUUGGCCGGUGGGAUGCUAACCAGCACGCCCUGGCCGAUGUGCAUCCCGCGGGCUUGAGGGAUGUCAUCUUCCCUGGCCAGGACUUCAACAAUAACCGUAUCAUGGAUUUCCAGAGCGUGAACGACUGGCAAAACAAUGAGUUGAGCAAGGCCGAAUACGGGCGGAUGCCGUGGCACGAUGUGGCAAUGGGCUUGAUCGGCGAUUGCGUCUACGAUAUUGCAGAGCAUUUUGUGCUGCGCUGGAAUUUCGUCAAGCGCGACAAGUACAAGCGCAGCGACGACGUGGAUUGGCUCUUGAUGGAAGGCCGCACCGGAGAGGACGAAGAUUUAGUUGGUGUCCAGCGGCCCAAGUACCCCUGUGGCGAGUAUAUCCAACAUCCACUGUCUCCAUUGGGCGGCAAGCCUCGUGGACAGCAGGGAUCUGUUCGGGCGCAACUCGUGCGGAGCAGUGACGAUUGGAGCAGUGGCAUUCUGAACGAGCAUAGUAUUCAGACUGCAUACUGCGAAAUCAUUCGCAAUGCCCAGCACUUCGUUUACAUUGAGAACCAAUUCUUCAUCACCGCCACCGGCGACCAGCAACGCCCCAUUUUCAACACCAUCGGCCGUUCCAUUGUCGAUGCCUGCGUUCGAGCAGGCAAGGAAGGCCGCAAGUUCCGUGUCAUCAUCGUCAUGCCUGCCAUCCCAGGCUUUGCGGGCGACCUGCGUGACUCUGCGGCAACGGGUACCCGAGCGAUCAUGGACUACCAGUACAAAUCUAUCUGCCGAGGCGAGCACUCAAUCAUGGGCCAGAUUAAAAAGGCGGGCGUGGAUCCUACGCAGCACAUCUUCGUCUUUGCUCUCCGUGCCUACGACCGAAUCAACAAGACUCCGGCACUUCUAGAGCUCGAGAAAGAGGCAGAUGUGAAAUAUCAGGAUCUCCAGCGGGGUAUCGCCGAGUCGAUCAUGGGUGAGAGUGUGCAUCCUUCCGUCGGGAAAGAAGGUGACCAGAACGAGAAGAGCUAUGAUAUCGAUGACUCGCAAAAGCAGCAGAAUUUGAAGAAGCUAGCGAAGUUUGAGGAGCAAGUGGAGAAGCGUAAGGCGCAACAGGGUGAUGCCAGCAGGGACUCGGUGGCUCACACCACCAUGCUGAAUGGUGGGAACAUGUCGGAUGAGAUCUGGGAAGGCGACCCCGAAGCGGAGAAGGCCAAUUUUGUCCAGGAAGAGCUGUACGUGCAUGGCAAGGUGUGCAUUGUCGACGACCGCGUUGCCAUUUGCGGAAGUGCCAACAUCAACGACCGGUCUCAGCUCGGUUCGCAUGACAGUGAACUCGCUAUUGUCCUGGAGGACCAAGACUUCAUGGAGAGUCAGAUGGAUGGCAAACCAUACCGUGCAGCUCGGCUAGCGGCGACUCUACGCCGCCAGCUCUGGCGCGAACACCUGGGCCUCUUGCCCGCGCAGGAUUACGACGCCACGGGCCACCCGAACGCUCGAUCGCCCGCUGACUGUCUCAACCAGAUCUUAGAGGACGAUCAUAACGAGUUCGUGACCGAUCCGCUUAGCGACGCGGUCUGGAACACCUGGACUGAGCAGGCCAGCGUCAACACGGAGACGUAUCGGAUGCUGUUCCGCGCAGAUCCAGAUGACCAUAUCAAGACCUUUGAUGAUUAUGACAAUUUCCGGCCGCGUGGGUCACACAAGGAGGGCCAUCUAUUCGAUCCGUAUCUGCCGGUUCAGGAAGUGCGCCAGAAGCUCGAUCGCAUCAAGGGCCAUUUGGUGUGGUUACCGCUAGAUUUCCUUAGCGACGCGGAGAUGGCCGAGCCUGGACUGGCAGUGAACCAAAUCACCGAGAGCAUCUACACGUAG